AUGGCCCAUCAAUUAGACGUCCCCCUCUCGCAGAUCAAGCCCGUCUACCCUCCCUCCCGCGGGGUCGGCCCCAAGCAAGAACCGCCGGCCGUCCAGCAGACCAUCGACAUCCUCCACCUGCAGCCGCACGUCGAGGGCGGCUACUAUGUCGAGACCGAUCGCGAUCCUCUCAACAUCCCCAAUCCAUUCCUCACUAAUAAAGACCCGGGCACGGCGUACGAGGUGCCCGCGACUGAUGUGACGUCGACCACGCGGCUGGCCGCGGGGCAGGACCAUUCCACGCGCUCCGCCAGCACGACCAUCUUUUACUAUCUCACGCCGGGCUCACCGCUGGGCGUCUUCCAUCGCAACCGCGGCCGCACCGUCCAUACCCUCCACCGCGGACGCGGCCGCUACGUGCUGAUCCACGCAGACGAGGUGCUGCGCGGCGAUCGAGCUGCCCAGAACGGAAAGGCUCGGAUCGAGUCCUUCGUCGUCGGGCAUGACAUCGCCCGAGGGGAGAGGCUGCAGUGGAUCGUGGAGGGGGGCAAGUACAAGGCCAGUUUCUUGUUGCCCGAUGACGAUAAUGACGAUGGCAAGAAGUCGGAGGGGUUAUUGAUCAGUGAGACUGUCGUCCCUGGCUUCGAGUUUGCAGACCACGAUUUCAUGCAGGCCAAGACGCUGGACGAACUUCUGACUCCAGAAGAGGCCAAGGAGCUGCAGUGGCUGCUGAGGGAGAAGUCCAUUGGAUAG